AUCUGGCUGGGAGCGACGGUCGCGGCAGAUUCCAGGGCGGUGACGUUGAUGGGAGAAGGACGUCAUCGUGACUUCUCGCUUUUCCCCCACUCCUUCGUUAUUCUCAACCUGCUUGACUGCCUUGAUUUCCUUGACUGGCACCUGUCACUUUGAACCAACAGACUUGUCUUGUUAUGCAUGCAUGUCAAGGUCACGGUUACUGUCGGAAGCUUCUCUGUUCAGAGCAAGCGCAGUGCGUACUGCAUACACCUUGUCGAUCGCUCCGGUGGCCGUCCACAGGUGCUAGACUCCAGAAGAAGUGGCUCACGCUUGGCUACCGCCACCCACCACCACCACCACCACCACCACCACCGGCCGCGUUAUCCCUGCUUGUGCUGCAUUGUGACAGUGGCAAUGAUUCCCCCUUCUUUCUCAAGAUAAUGCCCGGUAUCUAUCUAAGCCCGUGGGGAUUAAGCAAGACGACGACCACCCAGCAGUGCCAUGCCAGAGUCGACCCACUUUAAACGAGCUUUUUCCGCGCAAGCUUCAGAACGGAAAAAAUCACUGGUCAGUCGGCCACGUGAGCCGCCGAAGAUCC